AUGUUAUCCUCUUCCCGAAUACCCGGAACCUAUCCGACCACCGGCUUUGAAUUGAUUGAAAAUCCUAAACUUCUAGAUGAGGAGACUCUUCCAUCCUAUUACCCCGAAAAAUACUAUCCGGCUCAUUUGGGGGAGAUUCUUGGCGAGAGAUAUCAAAUUCUUGGGAAGUUAGGGUUUGGAACUACAUCGACCUGGAAAACAUUUCCAACCAAAUUUAGAACAGAUGCCUACGUUGCACUCAAGCUCUAUGUCACCGGGGCUAAGAGAGACCGUGAGCUAAACAUGUACAAGCGCAUAGAGGCUGCUUGCGCAGAAACAGAUCAUCCAGGAAGACCAUUUAUUCGCAAACUUCUUCAUUCUUUUCAGGUGAAAGGCCCUCAUGGUGAUCAUCUAUGUCUAGUCCACGAGCCGCUUGGGCUCAAUUUGAGUCAGAUCUCAGACUAUUACCCCGGAAGAAAAUUAGAUCUCGAGAUAAUAAGGCCUUCUCUUCGUAAUAUUCUCAUUGGCUUGGAUUUUUUACACAUAAUAGCAGGCAUUAUCCAUACAGAUUUACAAACUACCAACUUAAUUUUUAGUGUGAGCAGACCAGAGAUCCUUGCGGCCUUCGAAGAUCAACAGGCUUCCGACCCCGUACCAAGGAAAAUUCUCGACGAUGGCCGUACUAUAUAUUCAACUAGACCAUUGAAUUUAUGCAAUGGGCUACCUUUGCUAUGUGAUUUUGGAGAAGCUCGGACUUUUGAGGAGGCUGGAACUCCUGGUGAAGAUGUCAUGCCGGAUGUUUAUAAAGCACCAGAGGUUAUUCUUCAAAUGAAAUGGGAUCAUCAAAUUGACAUUUGGAACGUUGCUAUGGUGGUCUGGCAUCUUCUCAUGGGAGAACCUUUAUUUAAGGGUCGAAGUCCUUGUGGUACGUAUCAAGAUGAUAGAGUACAUAUGGCCGAAAUGGUUGCGCUUAUGGGGAACCCCCCUUUGGAGUUUACUCAGCGAUCACAUAUGAGUCGUGCGUUGUGGGAUGAAACAGGCAAAUGGAAGGGAGCCGCACCAAUUCCUGAUAUUAGUCUAGAGAAGCUCGGGGCCAACAUCAUUGGAGAUGAUGAAGAUAAAGAAGGGUUUCUGGAAUAUUUCCGGAAAAUGUUAUGCUGGGUCCCUGAAGAGAGGCCAAACUGUGAGGAACUAGUAUUGGACCCUUGGCUGAUGAAGGGCCUUAAUAUUCAAAAGCCAAUCGUCAGAACCAGAUAA